AUGUGGUUUGACAAGUUUACAAGCCUUGUUCAUCUCGAUCUCAAGGGAAAUCUUUUUGACAGCAUUGAGGGAGGCUUAUUCUCAUUCUUAAAGAACAAGCGGUACCUCAAGUCGUUGCGUUUGUCUGCUAACGAAAUCGGAGAAGAGAUUUCAACAACCCAAAGAAAUUCGUCGAGACUCAAUGAGAAUAACUUAGAGAGUCUAGAGAUACGUGGUAAUCUUCUUAAGGUUGCUUUGCCCAACUGGUUAGUGCACUUUACUAACUUAAAAUACAUUAUGCUUCCCUACAAUUCCAUAUCCGGUUCAAUCCCUAGUGUCAUCGGGUCAUUGUCGAACUUGGUAACACUAGAUCUUUCAGAUAAUGGAUUGAAUGGGACCAUUCCAUCAUCAUUAGGUCGGUUGUCGUCAUUGAGAUGGUUAGAUCUUUAUAAUAAUCAAUUGGCGGGGCAUAUUCCCAAGUCAUUAGCAAAAUUGCGGGCUUUACAAGAUUUGUGUCUUGCCAGUAAUCAUUUGACCGGUACUAUACCCAGUAGUUUCGGAAAGCUUUCUCAUCUCUUGGGUCUGAAUCUUGGUAAUAAUUCUUUGGGAGGUGUGAUUUCGGAAAUCCAUUUUUCUAAUAUGUCAAUGCUCAAGUUUUUGGAUGUUAGUGACAAUAAUAACUUGACUUUCAAGGCAAAACCCAGCUGGAUACCACCUUUCCACCUUCUAUUCAUUGUGCUAAAAUCUUGUAAAUUCGGAACUCCAUUUUCCCAGUGGAUUCGGACACAAGUGGAAGCCGAAUGUAUCAUACUCUCCGAUGCUUCCCUUUUUGGGCCCCUGCCAAAUUGGUUAGCCAACAUGACGUUCGACGAGCUCAAUCUAUCUCACAAUCAAAUUACUGGACCCUUGCCUAGCUUAUCUUCUAACUGUUUCGCUUUGGAUCUCUCCCACAACUCGAUCUCUGGAUCUCUUCCGACAGAGAUUGGUGUUAUGUACCGAUUAGAUUUUCUGUAUCUCAAUGAUAACCUAAUUAAUGGUACAAUACCGUCAUCGUUAUGUACCGUGAUGGGCAUGUGUGCUUUGAAUCUUGCCAACAAUAAGCUAUCUGGCAGUAUUCCGGACCGUUGGAAGUGUUCUUCAUCUCCCUCAACUUUGUCAUUCAAUAAGUCGUCUGCAGUACCUCCAUGCUCAAUGAGACCCGUCAUUUCUUUCCUACGCUUGAAUGGAAACCGUCUCAAUGGGGAGAUUCCUCUGUCUUUGGGUUAUUGCACAAGGCUAGAAAUUUUAGACCUUGGAGAGAAUAACUUCUCUGGUAGCAUCCCGACAUGGUUCGGCGAAAGCUUUAGUUACUUGUCGAUCCUGAGGCUACGAGAGAAUAGGUUUACGGGAAGCAUCCCUCCGCAGCUCUGCUCACUCUCAGGAUUGAAAAUAUUAGACAUGGCAGCGAACAAUUUGAGGGGAACGAUCCCACGUUGUCUUGGCAAUAUGAGCGGCAUGAUAAACUUCAAUCAAGUCAAUCCAUUUGGAUCUCCAUUGCCAUUAUAUCCUUUUUGGGAUCAGCUUGUGGUUGAGAUCAUGAAGGGACGAUACAAUGAAUACACCAAUAUUGAUCUGCUACUUGUGGUCAAUUUGGAUCUCCCAAGCAACCAUUUGACCGGGUCAAUCCCCAAAGAAUUUGCUUAUCUCGCGGGAUUGCAUGGCUUGAACUUGUCCCACAACCUUCUCUCUGGAGAUAUUCCCAUUGGCAUUGGGAACAUGACGUCACUCGAAUCUCUUGAUCUUUCGAACAACCACCUCUCGGGGACAAUUCCGCAGGGCAUUUCAGCGUUAACAUUUCUGAGCCACCUCAACCUAUCUCAAAACAACUUCACCGGGCAGACAGAAUACAAUGCAAGCCUCAUCAUCAUAUCAGCCAUCUCGUAA